AUGGCUCCUAAAAUCGCUAAAAGUACUUUAAAAGACGUCAGCGUCUCAUCAAUAAACGAAGUAAUAAGUACUCUCACGACAAUCGCUAAUGACAUCGAGUCUAAUAUUUCAGAGUCGGGAAAUAUAAAGACAAACAUCAAAGAAUCAAUUCUUAAUUCAGCAAAUCAAAUACGCACAAUAACCGCGUACUUGCAAACAAAGCCCAUUAGUACAUCGUCAAACAAUACCUUUGAAAGUACUCUGACAUCACUGAUGGAGAACCAAAGUUUAAUGAUGAAGGAAAUUCAAUCAUUAAAAAACUCUACAAAAACUUACGCCUCAGCAACAGCUAAAUAUCUCACCGCUCCAAAAACAACUAAACCUGAAGAACCUCAAAAACCAAAGUACUCAUCAAUCAUAAAAUCAAACAACGAAAACGACAAACAUGAAGAAGUAUGGAAAAAGUUCACAACAAAUAUCCAUCCAAAAGUACUCAAAUGCGGUAUAGCAAACAAAACUCGUCUUUCGAAUAACACUAUCCGAUUGGACUUUGAAAGUACUGAAGACAGAGACAAAGUCAUCAAUGAAGUGAACAAAACAAAAGUACUCUCAUCAGAACCCGCACGCAAAAGAAAUCCUUUAAUCCAAUUAAAAGGAGUACUCAAAGAAACGCCAAAAGACGACAUAAUAGAUGCCAUAGUAAAACAGAACCCACAAAUAGAGUCAUCAAUAAAAUUAGACGACCAAAGUACUCAUCUCAAAAUUAGAUUUGAACGCAAAAAUAGAAGUAUUUCACUCAUCAAUUACGUACUCGAAGUUUCGCCCAAAGUGUACUCUUCAAUAAAAGACAUUAAUAGACUCAACUUACAUCAUCAAAGAGUGUACUUCGAAGACUUCUCACCGUUGGUUCAAUGUUUCAAAUGUCUUGGUUUCGGACACACUAGCGCUAAGUGUACUUCAACUACCGAUACUUGUGGUCAUUGCGCUGAAUCACACAAAAGAAAAGAAUGUCCACACCUAACCAACAAAAACAAAAUAAACGAAUCACCGAAACAAUCGACUAUGGAUACUAACGCCAAACAACUCAAACUCAAAGUACUCCAAUGCAAUUUACAACGAAAAAGAACAACACUCAACGAAUUAAUUCAAAAUCACAAAGACAAUUACGACAUAGCCUUAGUUCAAGAACCGUACGUUUCAAACAUUGGCGAAAUACGCUGUCCAAAAUCUAUUGAAGUCAUACAACAAAAAUCCGACACUGACGUAAAAUCAGCAAUACUUAUAUUCAAUCCUAACAUCAAAUAUUUAAUUCAAUCAAAGUACUCCAACUCAAACAUAACAACAAUAGACAUACUUCUUAAAACAUAUAGUAUUAGACUUUGUUCAAUAUAUAAUCCUCCACAUACCGAUAUAUCAUCAAAGCUAAGUACUCUUAGUGAAAUAAAGAAAACAAGCAAAUACUUGAUAAUUGGCGGAGACGUGAAUGCAAAACAUUUAUCUUGGACUAAAGUACUCAACAAUGAUGACAACGGAAAUAAAAUCGAAAACUUUUUAAUAAUAAACGACAUGGAAGUACUCAAUGUCGGCAAUGUGCCUACCUUUCAAACUACUAGAGGAGAAAAUUUAUUACAAUCUAUUAUAGACAUUACAGCAAGUACUCUAAACUUGUCUACAAAAAUCAUCAAUUGGCAGGUAAACCCUAAGUUAAUCAGCAGCAGCGAUCAUAAUGCAAUAUGUUUUGACAUUUUACUCGAUGAGUGCAUUGAAAAGUAUAACACAUCUACUCAUAAGUUUCGAACAAAGUACGCCGAUUGGGAACAAUUUAAAUUACGUUGUUUAAAGUACUCACAAAUUUAUAAUAUAAACGAUCACCGCAUAGAAAUGAUUAAUAAUCUCAGUACUCUUGACAAUUUUAUUUCUGACCUAACAACUACAAUACAUAAAGCCUGCAAUGACUCAAUCCCUGUACGCAAACACAAUAAAGUACUCUGUCACUGGUGGACAGAGGAAUUAGACGUACUCAAAGAUAAACUUCUUAAAAGUAAACAUCGAUUACAAAAUGCGAUAGGAAAACCUCCUAAAAAUGCAGUCGACGAGUACUCUAAUCUUCAAGUUGAAUACACUCAACUCAUUAAAAAGCAUUCUCUUCAAAGUUGGAAAGAAUACAUUUCAAAACAAAAUAAGGACGACGUAUGGAGUAAUAUUUUUCGAGUCAUAAAAGACGCUCCAAAUAAACAGCUUAAAAGUACUUUCAAAAUCGACGGCACGUACACUACAAACGCUAAAGACUCUGCAGAAACGUUACUUAACUACUUCUAUCCUGAUGACACACCUCAAAACGAUACACUUGAACAACAAAUUCUGCGUACGUCAUCAGAAGAUGAUUACAAUACCCAGCCAAAUGAUAGCCCCAUUAAGUAUGAAGAAAUAUUGGAAGUACUACAUAACAUGAACCCCAAGAAAGCCCCAGGACUCGAUAAUUUAACAUCAGACAUAAUAGAACAAUUUACAACAACUUUCCCUAAUAUUGUAACAAAAUUACUUAACGUAUGUUAUACUCUAAAUCUUUUUCCUACUUAUUGGAAAACAGCGUACGUUAAGAUCAUCCCUAAACCUGGAAAAGAGAAUUAUAAUGAGUUGUCAUCACAUCGACCUAUUGGACUACUGCCUGUAUUUGGAAAAGUACUUGAAGGAGUAAUAAUUAGAAGAGUACAAUGGGACUUACAUAAAAGAGGCCAAUUGUCAAACAAACAGUACGGCUUUACUCCUCAAACAUCAACUGUUGACGCAAUAAGCAACGCAUUAAACAUAAUCAAGUACGCUAAAUCAAAGAAAGAGUACGUUAUGGCAAUAUCUUUAGACAUCAAAGCAGCGUUUGACAAUGCUUGGUGGCCGGCAGUUAUCAAUGGCUUAAAAACUAAAAAUACUCCAAAAAACACUUUAGAUCUAAUCAAACAUUACUUUAAAGAUCGCAAAGUACUUCUCAACUAUGGAAAUAAUACUGCAACUAAAGUACUUACUAAAGGUUGUAUCCAAGGUUCAAUCGGCGGCCCUACAUUUUGGAAUAUUAUUAUAGACGACUUAUUAAGCAAAUCACUUCCACCAAACGCACAUAUGCAAGCAUUUGCAGAUGACGUACUUCUAAUAACACAUCACAAGGACAAACAUCGUUUGAAAAACAUCACAGAAGAAGUACUUCAAGAAAUUAUCGAUUGGGGUAAAAAAGUAAAACUUACGUUUGGAUCUGAAAAAACUAAACUCAUAUCCUUUAAUCAAAGACAACAAAAUAUACCCAUACUAAUGAAUAAUAAAGUACUCGAAUAUGAAAAUCAUAUUAAAGUACUUGGAAUUAUAAUAGAUAAAGACUUAAAAUUCAACAAACACAUAGAGUACGCUAUAAAUAAAUGCUCAAAAAUAUACAGAUCUUUAUUAAGAGUUGCUGCACCAACAUGGGGACUCGACUCUGAAAUAAUACGCAUAAUAUAUUUGAGAGCUAUAGAACCUGCAAUAACGUACGGAUGCAGUACUUGGAUCGAUGGUCUCAAACUAAAGUACGCAAAGAAAAAACUUCUUGCUUUCCAGCGCUCAAUAGCAAUACGCAUUUGUAAAGGCUUUCAUACGCUAUCGUUCACAACAGCAUUUGCACUGGCAAAUGUAAUACCAUUGGAUCUCAAAAUUAAAGAAAUAGCCGAAAUUGAAAACGCCAAACGAAACAGUACUUCAGAAUAUAUGGAUUUCAAGCUACAACAUAAAGUAAAAUUUACAUUAUUAAAACACCCCAGUCAACGUACGUCAAUUUCUUUCAAUGAUACAAGUACUCCAACAACAACAACUCAACCAAAUGAAAUUAAGAUAUACACUGACGGAAGUAAGUUGGAUGGAAAAGUUGGAUGCGCAUUCCAAGUAUACGAACAAAGUACGCCAAAAUAUUUCGAAAAGCAUAAACUUGGAGAUAAUUGUUCAGUUUUUCAAAGUGAAUUAUGUGCAAUAGAGAAAGCUCUAGAGUACUCCAAAAGAAGAAAAAUAAAAUAUAUCAAAUUAUACUCAGAUUCGAGAUCAGCACUUCAAUCACUGAAAAAUAGAAGUACUUCAAAUCAGCAAAUAUACAACAUACAAAUACUUGUAAACACUUUAAAACAACAAUUGAAAGAAGUACGUUUCUAUUGGACCAAAGCGCAUAUAGGUACUGACGGUAACGAAACAGCCGACAUAUUAGCCAAAAAUGCUACUCUAUCACACAAAGCGCCAAUACUCACAGAUAUGCCAUUAAGUACUCUGAAGAAAAACAUAAGAGAAAAAACAAUAUACGAAUGGAACCAACAAUACAUAAGUUCGACUACAGGAAGUACUCUCAAAACUCAUUUCCCAUCAAUACACGACGUCUUCAAACUUCACAACAAAACAGGAACCACGUUCGAAAUGACGCAAGUACUCAGCGGACAUGGAUAUCAUCUGGAGUACUUGAAGAAAUUCAACAUAACAACAUCAGACGCCUGCCCUUGCGAUGAACAUUCAACUCAAAGUCUCGAUCAUCUUAUACUGAUUACACCAGUGAAAGUACUCGCAAAAAUGUCAUACGAACCAAAUCUGUCAGCGAGCUCAUCGGACGACUCGGAGUACUCUCUCAUAACCGUCGAAUCUAAUGAAGUAUUGCCACGUACUCCAGACUAUUCCUCUACGCCUCCGACACAAUCACCAACGGUAACGUCCUCACCUGUGAAAAAGAAACAGAAGAUCGAUAAAGGAAAGUCGCUGAAAGUACGCUCUCCACCUAGAAAUGUAGCAACACAAACACCGCAACCGCGAACACCAACACCACCACCUAAUGACAUACCAAUGUUUAAAAGAAUCGAGUACUCGGUCAAGAAAACGUACGAUGCGGAGUACGCAAAAACUGUGACCGAUACGCUGGCCAAAAGAGACCAAAAAAGAGAAGAGAAGAUCGAAAUGUUGAAACAGGAAAUCAGAGCCAGAGAUGAGAUUAUCAGAGCGUAUCAAUCGGUUCCAUCACUAGAAGAAGUACGCAAGAAGUACUUCAAAGAGAAACCUCCAACUGGAAAACCGAUCGUAAGCAACACCAAAAAAGUGGUACCCAAUACAUCUGCUUCCAAUACGUCAAAAACCCAAGGAAGUACUUCCAAAUCCGCUGCAAAAUCAGGCAAAAAACCGAAACGAUGCUCAGCGUACGUCAAAGUUGACAACAUAAGAGAACUCUGUCCCUUCAUCGAUAAACAGGGCAAUAUAUCUAAGCAUUGGUCGCAAUUCCAUCAAAAAAUCAUGCCUGAUGAUGGCAGAGGUUGGGCGUACGCCGAAGAUCUGACCGAAGAAAAACUGGCUAAACUCGAAGCGCGAUACGAAGAGCUCAAAGUACUUCGCAAACAAAACGCCCUAAAAUGA